UUUCUUUCUUUAAUUUAAUAAUUUUCCAUAAUGAACAACAGGGCGAACUACAGUUCGUACAACCCAGUGCCGAGGCUAGACGUGCAGUCUAUUGCUAAUCAAUUAUUGACAUUCAAACCUCCUCCUUGGACUGGAGGUUUGCCUCAGUCUACAAGUAGAGAUUUCACGCUUAAUGAUUUUUACCCAAAUAUAGGUUGCCACCAAAAUUGUGCUACAAAGAACAAUUGGGUCAACUCAACUACUAAUAAUGGUCAGGAGAUGAAGUCCUCAACUCAGCUUGGAAGUCUCUCUAAGGGUAGAUGAACAUGACAGAAUGCCCCUCAAUGAUAUUGGGGACCAUCAGCUUGGUGGUUUCAACCGAAAAAUUACCGGGUUCCGCAAAACUAUAACUAUACUAUGAAGCCAAAAGAUUUUUACCCAUCAGAAAGCAGACAAGAUCCUUGGCAAACCCAGUUCAUGACGAAAAGGUCAAAGGCCAAGCCUAGUCAAGGCAAGAAGAGUCUUCUAGAAUCCUUACGAAAAUGAAGCAAGGGUUCUGAGGAAACCCAGAGUUCAUCUAAGCAAGCACUCAAUACCUGAGACAUUGAAAUUAUUGAUGAUUUCACUGAAGAUCUCCAAAUAUUGAGAUCCUCAGAAAGAUCAGCAGCGACUCCAAGAAAGUCACAAGGUUCACCAGGACAAUCAAGGAAGUUGAGCCAGGAAGAUACAGAACAGAGAUUCGACUACUCUGAGCCAAGCGUGGCCCUUUCCUCGAAAAACGAAAAAUCCGGUAGCACACUUUAUUUUCCAGGAAAAUCAGACAAUGACCUUUCUGCUGGGGUAAAUACAUGAGCCAGAGAUUCUAUUGACCAAACUGUCAUCUUGAUCCAAGAUGAUGACCAAGACUCUCUCUGAGAAUCACCUCGCAGAGAUUCUAUCGAAGUUGCCCUCAUCACCGAGGAAGCUCAGAGCUGAGAAAUUGCUGAGUGCAAUUAAGAAAAGACACAGGAAAGCUAACUCCAAGAGUGGCAAUUUCUUUUAGAAAUAGGGAAAAUUAUGCAAAAUUCCCGAUCAGAAGUCUGAAUUUCCAGGAUGGAAGCAAUUUUAUGAAUAAUUCAACUCAAAAAGAUGUAAUUUCACUAAUUGAUAGGGUGCCAAAUACACUUAGAGGAGUUACCAAAGUGACCCCAGCUCCCUCUAUUAUCUCCGAGGUGGGAGAGAAGACUGACUGCAUCGUUGUAGAUAUUUCGGAAGAUGAAUUAGAGGUACUCAAGGCAGAUCCUAACAACGAACAGGAUGCUGAAAUAAUGUCGAUCACUAAUGAUGAUUAUUACUGAAUCCUCGGUGAUAGUCCUAGAAUUGGUCCAAAUUAUCAAUUAUCCGUACUUCCUGAAUUGAAAAAGCCAACUCGUGAGAAUCUCCUCGCAGAGGAGUACAAGUUCAUCCUCUGAUUUGAUGCGACCAAGCACCAAAGGAAGUUCUAUACCAAUUUUGUGGAGAAAUGUCGAGCUGGGAUAAACAAAUAGCAAUGAAUCUAAGAAAAUCAAGACCAAAUUUAGAGAAGAACUUGCUCUCAAGUACCUCGCUUGCAAGGAUUACGACGUGAACCAAGCCUACAACGGGAUUGUGAAGAACAAGAAGGAUUUCAGAGAGCUCAAAAAUCUCAACAAAGUUGACAAGACGAUCGAGAAACGUGAGAAAGAGAUGCUUUUACAGGAGAUUUAUGAAGAUAAGCUAAUAUUUCAAUAAAAUUCAAAAGAGAA